AUAUGGGUUCGUUCGGUUUAGUUCUUUCUCUUCCGGUUGUCGUCUCUUACGUGUGGCAGAUCCACAGAACAGAAAUGGCAAAGUCAAAGAAUCACACCACCCACAACCAGUCCCGUAAGGCCCACAGGAAUGGGAUCAAGAAGCCCAGACCAGACCGUUACGAGUCCAUGAAAGGGGUUGACCCUAAAUUCAUGAAGAACAUGCGUUUUGCCAAGAAGCACAACAAGAAGGGUCAGAAGACAGCCAACGCAGCAGCCAAGAAGAUCGCUGAUGCAGCCCCUUAGACUGCGUGGCUACUCUGUAUCUCCACGUCCCAUUGACUUUGUUACCAUCACAAUAAAGCUAUGCUUUGUUUAAAAAAAAAA